CCAGGUCAGCUGGAGUGGGGAGAUGUCUGCAGCCCCUGGCUGGCAUGUGGGACAGAGCCAGACCCACCUUGUGGGAGAGAUCCUGAGAUCUGGAGCCUUUCCUUCCAGCUCAAAUGGCACCUGCAUUAGAGAUGGUCCGGGUGGUUUUGUCAGACAAGAACAGGCAGCUGUGCCUUUGCUGGCAGGAUUUCUGUCCUUGAGUCUCCAUCUCUUCUGCUGAUGCGGUGCAGGGGGUUCAUUUACACGCAGAUCGAGAGCCUGUGAUUCGGGUUUAUACAUGAUGCCAAACUGAAAGCUAAAAGCAAGGGGAGGAGGGAGAGGGAAGGGUAACCCAGUGGGUUUGGACAGGUCCUGCUCCCUGCUGAGGACUGAUGUGCUAACUCUAGUUGCUUCCUUGCAGAUAAGGUGCCAUCAUGCCCCUGCCCUUGGGCCCUGGUGUUUCACACACCUCCUUGGCAGUGAGGGCGGAGAAGCUCUGCCCACCACCACCACCGUUUUUGUUGUGCGCUCAGCAUUGCUUAUCUUGCCCUCGGAGCUAGAAAAGCAGAGUUGCAAUAAAAUAACAGAAUUAGAGCCUGUGCCAGUCGCCCUAAGCAGCAGAGGGGCUCUUCUGGUGCAGUGACAUUCCUGAGCCAGGCACUCCAACCAGGGCCAGGGCCAGGGCAGGCACGGUUUCCCAAAGCAGCACGGUCACCCCGUGUUGGUGACACUGAGCGGCAGUAACCCCAGGGCUCCCCUUGUGUCAUAUGGGGCUGUCGCCCGAUGGGGGUCACAAUGGGAUGUUCCCUUGCCGUGGUGAUGGCUCCCUGGUCUGCAGUGCCACCAGCCCUCUCCACGUGUCCCGCACGGCCUGGGCGAGCACAGGUCCUCCCCACAGCACGCUGGUGGGGCUGCAGAACGGGAGCAGGGCGGCAGGACUGGGGCCUGCUGGGGGUGGUCGGGGCAGGAGGAGAGGGGGGUCCCUGGUCACUGUCAGCUACAGGCGCCAUCCCUGAGCAAGGGAGAGUGAGGCGGUGAUGGCGACACGCUGGGAUGCUCUCUACAGGCGGUACCGGCUGCACCAGUACCCGAUGCUCACGGAGCUGCAGCAGGAGGGUAAGGCCUUGCCGUGGCACCACCCAGAAGAAGGCUCUGGUGCCCGGGGCUCACGCUUGCCUCGAGGAGAGAACUUGCCCACGCUGAGCUCCAGGCUGGGGGAAGGAGCUGGAGCUGCUUGGCUGGCAGUGUCCAGGCUGUGUGUGCAGGGGCUGAACAUACAGAGGUGUGGGCAUCUCUUGAGCCUGUUUCCAGAAGGUAAAGGUGUCCUGCAGCUCCUGCUGGGCUGCAGAGAGACUCCUUGGGAGCCCGAUGAUAGGCAUGAAGCCUUUGAAUUUUCAUCCACUGCAAUUUCUGUCUCUGCUGGGAUCCCAGUCACUGCCUCUGGGCUCUUCCCACUGCAACUUCUUGCACCUCCCAACUGGCAGCAUAGCUCUGAACUCCAAAUACCUUCCCAUUUUGGGUAUCAGCCACAGGAUCCCCUUGGCCAAAACACAUCUCAGGUCUCUGUUUCAGCUCCAGACCGUGACUGGGCUCUCAAGAAAACUGGCAGUUGGAAGUCCAAGACCCAAUGCUGCACCUCUGUCUGGAGGGCUGGGGAGAUGUUGUCGGUAUCUGGAACGGUGUGGCUGAGUACAUUCAACGACACCUACUCCUGAACAGGGGGGUGAAAAUCAAUGGACUCGGGACAUUUUUCGUUGUUAGACAAUAUUUACCGACAAGGAACAAUGACCUUCUUCCUGUUCAGAGACCUGUAUUUAAUCUAUCCACGACUGUUGCAGUGGUUCACCAGAUCAGAUACACUAACAGAGACAUUCCUGGGGACGUGAUGAUUCUGCCGGUGUACCACCACAAGAUGCGCUUGGAGCCCUUCUUUCGCAAGAGGACCGUGGAGCGGUGCAUGGAGGAGACCCUGAUCUGUCUGUCUCGCCUUCUUGAAUGCGCAUGCGACGUGGACUUUGUUUUCAGAGACGUUGGUGUUCUUGUUAUCCGAGAAAACAGAGUGCGGAUGAGAUUUUACAAAGAGUUCCUUGAAACUCUAGAUCAGACUGGGACCCUGGCAGAAGCUCUUCUCCGUGAUCCAGUGACAAAGGAUUCGGUCAUAAUGGACAGGAAAGCCAUUGUUCCUCAGAGCGAUGACAGCGAUGCAGGUAUCUUCAUGUUUCCAAGGCUGGAGAUAAAGAGAGUGCGUAGACCACCAUUCUGGAAAACUCCCAGAAAAAGAAUUGUAAAGCCCAGCCAGGGAAAGAAGGUGGGGAAAGAAACGGUUGAUGAGAAGAUUGCCGGAAAAGCGAGCCUCUUUGGAAAGCACCUCCUUGGCCAGGAGAGGAUUUCUUCAAUCAAGCUAACAGAGCAAAAAAGGGAGGAGAGAAAAGAGCCUUCUGUCAGCCAGCCGCCAGCAAUGCCAGAGAGGUCCCAGAAGGACGAGAAAGCUGAGAGCAAACACACUCCUGAAGAACAACCUCGAACUGUUAAUGAAGGUCACAACAGAGCACAAAAGGAGGUACGGUACCUGCCUACCCCGUGGGACCGAAAAAACCGCUGGGCAACCUGGGACGAAGACAGGCGCCAGAGAGAAAGAGCAGACCUGGCAGCCAUGCUAGCUAGGAGAGAGAAGGAAGAGCAGCGGAUGGCCAAGUUGAAACCUCUUUUAGAAAAAGUGGUUCCAGAGGAAGAAUAUGGCUAUACUCCAGGGGUGGCUGAUCUCAAAAGAUGGAGGAAGCUUUUACAGAGCACAGAACAUUUGAAACCCCACUCUCUUGGGGAGAGCACGCCCACCCCCAUCAAGAGAAAGGCAUAUGACGAAGGGCUGAAGGAGAAGAUUAAGCAGAAGGGGGAAAAGGAUGAGAAUCCUAAAUCCACAGAGAAGCAGAAAGAACCAAACCUGCUGAAGUUACUGCCAGAGGACAUUUUGGAGAUGGUCCAGCUACAAGACUGGGUGGUGAAAGGUCUCAGGACGGCGAGCCGUGCAAAUGAGAUAUGAACAACCCUGGAGCGUCCGAUGCCCUGUCAGACUCUACAUACGCCUCCAGAUCCUGGCACAGUCUGGAUAAACUUCCACCCUUUUUUUUUUCCUUUGCAAGGACAUUAAUUCUUUGACUCUCUAACUGCAGUCACGUGCCUCCAAGUCUGUUGAUCAUCAUCCAAUGACAAUUAAUCUUUGCAAUGGAGUUCCUUAGGAUUUCUGUGAUAAUUUUCUUGAAUUCAAUCACAUUAUCCAA